UUGACUCCUUCCCUCCCUCCCUCCCUCCCUCCCCCCCCCCUUCCCUCCCCUUCCACCUCCUCUCCCUCCCUCCUCGCAACCCCCCCCCCCCCCCCGCCGCCCCCCUCUCCCCCGCCCGCGCCGUGAGCACCGGCGGCGCGGAGGCGAGAGCCCACUUGCGAGGCGGCACAAGCAGCAUAAGGCAGCGCGGCGGCACCCGAGCACCACCACCGGCACCCCGGCACCGCCACCGGCACACCCCGGCACCGCCACCGGCACCCCGGCACCCGCCACCGGCGACCGAGCACCGGCAAGAGCCCGAGCAGCACCACCGGCACCAGCAGCACCGGGAGAGAUCGGCCACCGGCAGGGAGAUACCGCUGAUAAUAAUUAAUAAAAGAGACAGCCCCCCCACCCACCCGCACGCACCGAGAGAAAAUUAAAAAAAAAAAAAAAAAAAAAAAGGAGGAGAGAAAAGAGAGAGAGAGAGGAGGCAGAGAGCAGCGCCCGGGCGGAGCGGCGGAGAGGAAGAAUUAAAGCGAGCGAAGGAGGGAGGAGAGACAGAGCGGAGAGAGAGAGGAGGAAAGAGGAGGAAAAAAAAAAAAGCCCACAAAAACAAAGCGAUCGCAGUUGAUGUUGCUGCCGCAAGCUGGACUUCCCAAAACUACGGCGAGACCGUCCGCUCUCCGCGCCGAGAAAAGUCUCCUCAGCUGUGCGUGCUUUUUUCCGCUGUGUGUGUAAUCUUUAACCUUUUAUUCAUUCUUAUUUUGAUGGCUUUCCUGAAUGGCUGACUGCGAGCUUCCCUGGACCUGGCCCCCCGACACCCGCCUCUCCUCCUUCAACUCCUCUGCUGCAGAUCAGCUCUAAGAGAGAGAGGGGGAGAUCUCCGAAGAGAUUUUUUUUUUUUCCUCCCUCCUCUCUCUCUCUCUCUCUCUCUCUCUCUCUGUCUCUCCCCCUUUUCUCCCCCAACCCCCCCGGCUCUCUCUGCUCUCCUGGAGCCCCGGCCGCCGCCGCGCCGCUCGCCCCCCCCCGCGCCCGCACCUCCGUCGCCGGCCCCGGGAGCUCCCCCCGCCCCGACCCCGCUGAGAGGGGCAGAAAAAGGAGGAGGAGGAGGAGGAAAAAAAAAAAAGGCAACAAAAGAGAGAGUGGGGGAGAAAGAGAGAGAGAGGAGGAGGAGGAAAAAAAAAAAACCCAGACUGCUGCAAAGCUGAGCUGAAAAGCAAAGCAAACAAACUUUGAAAAUAAAGGGGGAACAGGAAGUUUGGAAACGGUGUCCAAUAGAUAUGGCAAUGGUAGUCGGUGCGUGGCGAGACCCCCAGGACGAUGUGCCCGGAGCUCAGGGAACGCAGCCUUCGCAAGCCCCGCCGGUGCAGGGACCCCCGGCCGGGGCCCCGCACACCCCACAGACCCCGGGGCCCGGGGGCCCUCCCAGUACGCCAGCCCAGACCAACCCGCCAAGCCAGCAGAACCAAGGAGACAAACAGCAGCAGCAGCAGCACAUUGAAUGUGUGGUUUGUGGGGACAAGUCUAGUGGCAAACAUUAUGGCCAGUUUACCUGCGAGGGUUGCAAGAGUUUCUUCAAGCGGAGUGUAAGGAGGAAUCUCAGCUACACUUGUCGUGCCAACAGGAACUGUCCCAUUGACCAGCACCACCGCAAUCAGUGUCAGUACUGCCGCCUCAAAAAAUGCCUCAAAGUUGGCAUGAGACGGGAAGCGGUCCAGAGGGGCAGAAUGCCACCCACACAGCCAACUCACGGUCAGUUCGCCUUGACAAACGGGGACCCUCUCAACUGCCAUUCCUACCUAUCCGGAUAUAUCUCCCUUCUUCUGAGAGCCGAGCCCUACCCCACCUCCCGCUUUGGCAGUCAGUGCAUGCAACCCAACAACAUCAUGGGCAUCGAGAACAUUUGCGAACUGGCAGCUAGGAUGCUCUUCAGCGCGGUGGAGUGGGCCAGGAAUAUCCCCUUCUUCCCAGACCUGCAGAUCACAGACCAGGUGGCCCUGCUCAGGCUGACCUGGAGCGAGUUGUUUGUGCUCAACGCUGCCCAGUGCUCCAUGCCCCUCCACGUAGCCCCGCUCCUGGCAGCCGCCGGCCUCCACGCUUCGCCCAUGUCUGCUGACCGAGUGGUCGCCUUUAUGGACCACAUACGAAUCUUCCAAGAGCAAGUCGAAAAACUGAAAGCCUUGCAUGUCGACUCCGCAGAAUAUAGCUGUUUAAAGGCCAUAGUCCUCUUCACCUCAGAUGCCUGUGGUCUCUCUGAUGUAGCCCAUGUUGAAAGUUUACAGGAGAAGUCACAGUGUGCUUUGGAAGAGUAUGUUAGGAGCCAGUAUCCCAACCAGCCAACACGAUUCGGGAAGCUAUUACUACGUCUCCCCUCCCUUCGCACUGUCUCCUCUUCUGUCAUAGAGCAAUUGUUUUUCGUCCGUUUGGUAGGUAAAACCCCCAUAGAAACCCUAAUCAGGGAUAUGUUACUGUCUGGCAGCAGUUUCAACUGGCCUUAUAUGUCCAUUCAAUAAAAUAUUCGAGAGAGAGAAAAAAAAUAAAAAUAAAAAAUAAAAAAUGAGAAGGGAGAUGAAAGAGAGUGAAAGGAAAGCAAAUGACAUUUGGGUUCUGGUUGUUUCUUAAAUUUCCUUCUGCUAAGAAAGGAUGUAAAAGGAUGUUACAAGUUUGCUAAGAGAAGACAGGAAAAAAAUUAAUGGACUGUGAAUUUAAAAAGAGACUGUCAAAUGAACUUUUACAGAAUGCAUUAAAAACUCCCGUGUCGUUCAGAAAAAAAAAAAAAAACUUGCUACUUAUCAUUUUUUUGUAAAAAAUAAAAAAAAAAGAGAGAAAGAAAAAAGAAAGAAAGAAAAAGGAGAAAGAAGAAGAAAAGAAACGAUGGUGGGCUUUUUCUUUUUUUCUUUUUUCUUCUUUUUUUCUUUUUUUUGGGGUAAACUUUUUAAAAAAUUCUCGCUUAAAGUGCAUUUAAAGGAAAUUUGGAGAAAAUUAGCAGAAUGGAAGAAAGUAAGUCUUUUUUUUCCAAAUUAUUAAUUGUCCUAUGUGUCUAUGUACCUAUAGCUGUUCUUUUUUGUAUUUUUCUGGUUUCAAACCAGUUUAUUCUGUGGUUCUAUAAUAAUUUUUGAUAUAAUCUUGGCUUCUUUAAAAAAAAAAAAAAACUGUGUAUCCUUAAAAUAUAUGUUCUGAAAGAAUUAAAACUGAGUCCACGAAAGUAUCAUAGGAAGAAAGGAAAAGAGAAAAAAAAAAACCACUCAACAACACAAUGAUGGAAGCGCACUUAAGGUGGUGACCCAAAAUCUAGCUUGAAGCUGAGAGAGCUAUAAUUAUAUAGACCCGAAUGAACCACACGUGUCAUAUAACUCCCCCCAAAUCUAGGUUUUUUGAUAUUUCGGACAGAAAAUGAACUGUGGGGAUUUAUUAUAGGUAGAAGGAUUCGUGUCCAAGACACACUGCGGUUUUGAUUUAAAAGCAAACAAACUAGCAAAGUGAACUUUUGUAAUUUGAAUUGGGUUCCACAUAGUUCAUCAUGAAUUGUUAUUAAACUCCUCUAUCUGUUUGUAUAUUUGCAAGCCCUUUGUAUUAUAAUAAUUGUUGAUAUUUUCCCUUUUUAAAAAAUACCAUUGAAAUCAGCAUGACAAAAUAACACUGUUGGCACUUAUAGAUAACGUGAUUGAUUCAGUAUCUUAGAGUUUACAGUUUUGUGUUUAAAAAAACUGAAGGUUUUUUUUUUUAAGUGCAACAUUUCUGUAUACUGUAAAAGUUAUAAUAACUGAACUGUUUGGUCGAGUCUUUGUGUGUUAUAUUCCAAGGAAAAUUGAAAGUAUUCAGAAAUUAAAAUAUUAUUUGAUAUC